AUGCGCAUGAGGCCCGUGCCGUGACCGCCGCUGACCGAGAGACAGAGACAGAGAGGACUCACUGGGACAAGCACCGGGGACCAGGGACCGGACUCACCGGGACACAGGACAGGACCAAGCAGUCGGCAGGAAUCACGCCGGGAAUCGACCCGGAGAAAAGGGAGAGUGGACUCUGCAGACGCUGGGACCAUGAUGUACUCGGGGCGCACCAGUGCCAUCGCCGCCGGCCUGUGUGGGGCGCUGUUCGUGGGGUACUGUAUUUACUUUGACCGAAAACGACGGAGCGACCCGAGCUUCAGGAGCAGACUGAGGGAACGGCGAAAGCAGCAGAAGAUGGACCAAGAGAGAGCCGGACUGCCCAAGCUUCCGGACUUGAAGGACGCAGAGGCGGUGCAGAAGUUCUUCCUGGAGGAGAUCCAGCUCGGAGAGGAGCUGCUGGCCCAGGGUGAGUUCGAGGCGUGUGUGGAUCACUUGUCCAGUGCGAUAUCCGUCUGUGGUCAGCCUCAGCAGCUGCUCCAGGUGCUGCAGCAGACUCUCCCUCCCCCCGUGUUCCAGAUGCUCCUGACCCGACUGCCCGCCGUCAGCCAGAGAAUCGUGAGCGCUCAGAGCCUGAGUGAAGAGGACAUAGAGUGAGCGCCCCCUGGAGGCUGAACCUCACGUUCUUGGAGCGUUUCUCCUGAUUGUGGUGAAGCUUCUUUCAUUUAGGACCUCUGCCUCAGAGUUAAAGCUGCACUCUGGAACUUUUCGAGUGUCUGGCCCAGUUUGAGCUCUGACAGAUAAAGAGUAAAUCCCACCAUAGAGUUCUGCCCUGUCGUCAGGUUAAAGCCACAGUAUGUAACUUUUUAAGCCAAAAAUAUCUAAAAUAAAGGAUGUUUUUUCAUUGUGGUGUGAAAAAACGUGUCCGUACAGAGAGCGGGCUCGCUUUUCCACAAACCUGACUCCUCCUGCUUGUUUCUUUUGGCUGUAAUAUUCCACAUUUUGGCAGAAAACGCAUCUAUCUCCAUGGAGAAUGUUCCAAAGUGUGGUUUUAACUUUCUAUUUCCAUGGUAUUCAUAUGCCUCCUCCUGAAAGUUCCACACUGUGUCUUUAAACUCUGGAUUUGUACAGUGUGCCAAAGUAUUAACUCCACGUUGAGUUUAUCUCCACACACUGGCUCCUUGUUAAAGUCCAGAUGUCACAGAUUAAAAAUGUCGACAG